UUGAUUGAUAGGUUCGUAUCUACUGAACUACGGGUUGGACACGUGGGGCUGUCAAGUGGUGAACCCCUCGCAAACGGACGCCAAAGAGUUGCGCAAACUGUUGUUGGGAUGGCUUUUCUUCAUAACGAAGUUCGUGGAGUUCGCGGACACCGUAUUCUUCAUACUCCGCAAAAAGCAGACACAGGUUUCCGCUCUUCACGUCAUACAUCACGCGUUGGUCCCAAUCCUGGUAUGGAUAGGGUUCAAGUUUCUACCAGGUGGCUCCAACGCGUUCUUCCCGUUAAUUAACUCGUUGGUGCACACAAUUAUGUACACCUAUUACGGUCUGUCGACGUUGGGUCCGGCCGUUCAGCCCUACCUCUGGUGGAAGAAGUACUUGACAAGGAUUCAGAUGAUUCAGUUCGUGUUGAUUAUCAUGAACUCCUCUCGGC